AUGCGCUCGAACAUGAAGAUCAUCCUUGCAGCUGUGCUGUUCGCCUUGAUCGCCAACUUGGCCAUGGCUGCAAAGCACACCACCACUACCACCACUACCCUUCACAAGAAGGCCACCACCACCACAAAGAAGGUCACCACCACCACAAAGAAGGCCACUACCACCACAAAGAAGGCCACCACUACCACUACCACCAAAAAGCCCACUACCACCGUUACCAAGGCAACCACUACAACCACAGCAAAGCCCACAGCUACUCCCACAAUGGGCCAAACCGCCGUGAUCCUCUCCGCAACGGACUACUGCAUCUUCCUCCCUCCCAAGUACGGCGGCGACAUUGCCGCUAACGAAGACCGCGCCGUCGCCUUCUGCACAAAGCCCAACCUCCCCGGCGCGCCCAACGCCCAAGUCCUCCCCGCUGGGUUCAUCAAGUCGUCCCACUACGUCGUCAACACCCAGAAGGGUUACGUCCAGAUCACGGGUCGCAUCGAUCGGUCCAAGUACGGUCUCUCGUCCAAGGAUGGCGGCGGACAGUAUGAUUUGAGAGCUCCAGUCGGGUCCAAGAUGAAUGGAUAUAAUUCGUUUGUCCAGUUGACUGAGCCUGAUGCGCAGAUCUUCUGUAUCCGUGCUUGCACAACAAAGGCUGAUUGCCCGGUUAACAAGUCGACCUAUGGAUGCGAAAAGGUCCUUGGCGGUGAUUACUCUUAA